AUUAUUCUAAAACCAAAAAGCCGGAAAAAAAAAAAAAAAACUUUGGAUCCGUUUUAAGUGAAAGAGCUUUUGUCUUCAGAGCAGGAAAAAGAGAGAGAGAGAGAGAGAGAGAGAGAGAGAGAGGGAGGGAGCGCUUUGGCUGACUGAUCUGGGAGAAGACAGGUGGCGAUGGCGGUGGUAGUGGUGGGCUCUUAGAACGCCGGCGCUGACGGUGGUGGAAGUGGUGGCACCGGCGUUAGCAAUGGCAUGACCAUCUUAGGAUUCCCACUAAUAAAAAGAAAAGUUCGCCUUUUUUUACGGAAAAAGCAUUUUUAAUAAUCUAUUUCAUUCCGAUCAGAUUUUCUUUUUUGGGUUUGUGUUGUUGAUUGAACUGUGGGUUCCUAAGAGUGUCGGGAAGCAUCUGAGUUUGUUCAGUUCUGGGGUUGAUUGGAAACAGUCGGCUUAGAGCUGGUUUCAACAAUUUUUUCUUCUCAGGUUCUUAGCUUUUUUUGGUUGAUGAUUCAGUUGAAUAUUGAGAGAUUGAUUUGGUAUGCUUGUAAAAGAUGUCUCUAAAGAGCAUCAUGCGGGAGUUAAAGGAAAUGAAGGAUGGGAUUGGGAACAUAUCAAAGAGAAGAGGGAAAAGCAAGCUUUGGCGUAGCCGGACUAGAUCCCAUGUUGCUCCUGAUCAAGCACCACCUGAAUCUGAAUUCGCAGAACAAAGCCCGUGGGCGAAUCUACCACCUGAAUUGCUCUUGGAUAUCAUCCAGAGGGUCGAAGAGAGUGAGACAGCUUGGCCUGCUCGGGCUGUUGUUCUUUUUUGUGCUGCAGUUUGUAGGUCUUGGAGGGAAAUUACAAAGGAGAUUGUGAAGACUCCUGAGCAAUGUGGAAGGCUCACAUUUCCAAUCUCAUUGAAGCAGCCUGGUCCUCGUGAAUCUCCAAUUCAGUGCUAUAUUAGAAGGGACAGAGCAACUUCAACAUAUCUUUUGUUCCAUGGUCUGGUGCCUUCUGAGGGAGAGAGAGAUAAACUGCUGUUGGCAGCAAGAAAGGUCAGAAGGGCAACAUGCACAGACUUUGUUAUAUCUUUGGUUGCAGAUGAUUUUUCUAGGGCCAGCAAUACGUAUGUUGGUAAACUAAGGUCUAAUUUUUUGGGUACCAAGUUCACCAUAUAUGACAGUCAACCUCCAUGUGACUCGAUGAUCCCAUCAACUACCCGAUCGAAUCAUAGAUUCCACUCCAAGCAGGUGUCUCCAAGAUUACCUGCAUGCAACUACAGCAUAGGUACCAUUACCUAUGAGCUCAAUGUUCUGCGAACACGAGGACCAAGGAGAAUGCAUUGCAUUUUGCACUCAAUUCCUGUCUCUGCUAUUCAGGAAGGAGGCACUGCCCCAACACCAUUAGCAUUCCCACAAUCCAUUGAUGAGCAACUUUCUUCCUUACCCAGUUCAAAAGGAAAGGAACCGGUGAUAGACACCAGCUCCCCAAGCGUCCCAGCCACACCAUUAUUCUCCCCAGUCUCAGGAGAGCCAUUAACCCUUAAAAACAAGGCUCCUAGAUGGCAUGAACAGUUACAGUGCUGGUGCCUUAACUUCAAGGGGCGUGUGACAGUGGCCUCUGUUAAGAAUUUCCAGCUUGUUGCAGCUGUUGAGCCAUCACAUAACAUAUCACCAGAAGAGCAAGAGAAGGUAAUCUUACAGUUUGGAAAAAUUGGCAAAGACAUCUUCACUAUGGAUUAUCGAUACCCUCUAUCUGCUUUCCAAGCCUUUGCAAUCUGCCUAAGCAGCUUUGACACCAAACCAGCUUGUGAAUGAUCACCACUGGUUGGAGAUCCACGUCAUUGAUAUUGCCUUGCAUUAUUGUUAUCCUUCCUCGCUUUCACCUUUGCAACCUACCAGAGCAGCUUUGUGCCAAACUGGCCUAUGAAUGAUAGCAUGUUGGUAGGAGAUACACAUCUCUCUCCUGUAGAAUGCUUCCUGUAUUUUAAUACUGGUACUAUAUUCUAAUGGAAGCUUUUCUUGUACGGCCUUUGCUGGUCUAUUCUAGCUAUUCGGUGCAUGGCAUUACUGAUCAUGCAGUCUAACUUGUAUGUUGUUUGAUAAUCUUAAUUAGAAUCAAAACUAAAUUAACAGCAAAUUGCCUACAUCUAAUUGUGUUAUUUUCUUAUUAAACAUUCACUCUUGGAAUAAACUC